AUGAAAAAAUCAGAUGAAGAAUUCGAAGACGACGAACAAUGCUGCUCAUCGUCUGAUACCCGAAGAAGUGCCGAUGAGAUAUCGAUUGACGCAGAGGACAAUGAAACAGGUUUACCAUAGCUAACUAAAUUAUAAGUCAGGUCAUGACGAUUAGAGUUAGCCACAAAAAACCCAAAUUCCACACAAUAUCUUGCAAUUUGGCUUAGUUUUUAAUUUUUUCUUAAGAAAAAAGCCAAAUUCUGUUCUCAAAUUUAUCUCGAUUUAAGCUGAUCUUAAUCUCUAUCAGUCUAACCAUCGACUUAUAAAUUACACUAUCGCACAUAGCAAAAAUUGUGACCGCAAAAGGUUGUAUCGAGAAGGGCGAAUUUUCUUUCUUUUACGAGAAGUGGGGGUGGGGAUACUCAGCCAAGGAAGGCUCAUUGUUUAUAUUAGCGCUAUACCGAGGCCAUAGCACGUGCACAAACAUGGAGCGCGGCUACAAAGUCUACCCGGGAGAAACUCACCUAAAGAAGGACGGAAAAUUAGGGAGAGAAAAUACUGGAGACUUUUAAUGCCCUAAAUUCGAGGUAUUUUCCUCAUGUCGCAAAUAUUUAAGCUUAUCUUUACAUUUGUAAGGCUCAAAUGUCAGUUUAUGGUAACAUUUUGAUUGCCUAACAUUAACAAUAGUUGCAUACUUGAUGGACAUGUUCCUCGAGAGCGUGAGCAAGCGAUGGAGUUUGGUUCUCUUGACCCCAUUUUAGCAAUCGUUUCCGUCCAUGUGUGUCGCGGAACUCUGGGGCUGUUUAUACAACUACUCGAGCCAUAUCUUCAAUUGAUAGUCUAUCAACGACGAGUAGAGAAAGACAGAUUGAUUUUUUUUUUAUGUAGGAAUCAAUGCAUGAAUUUAUAUUCUUACGCCAAAGUUCGUAUGGUAUAUCGCGAGGCUUUUGUUCUAGGGUCUGCGUUUUUGACAUAUUCUUGUCCAUAAUCUCUGAAUUGUUUUCACUGCUGAUCCAUAUAUGAUAGAGUGUAACUUCAUGUUCAUCGGUUUUAAAGGUGAUAUUUUACAGCUAGGUGAUAUUUUUUAGCUAGCGAUAUAUGCCAUGAAUUUUUUCCAGGUACUAAUCUAUGAAAGCUUUAUCUUUAAUAUUUUGCGCUUAUUAUAUUAUGGUGAACUUUAAAGCCCAUUUAAGCGGCCUGCCUUUUGCUAUAAGUCCAUUUUAUUGACCUUGUAGCUUGUUGAAAGUAUACUUCAUCGAACUUUAAAUGGCAAUAUUUUUUGCAAAUUCGGUGGUUUUUUUAACGACAUGUAUCAUCGCAGAAUGAUGUCUUAACCUCAAACUAUUUCUUUGAUUGAAAAUGUUGCAUAGAUUUGGAAGGGAUAGCCCCAGUCACAUUCUGCUGGGCAAUUAUUGCAAUAGCGGCACAUAAUUGGCUUGGCAAAGUAUUCGGUUUUGUGAUAAUCCUAUCAUUGCUCUAUCAGGAUAAUACUUAAUGUGAUCUUUAUUUAAGACUUUUUCUGACCACCUUCCUCCAUAGGCAUAUUCAAAUAUUUAUUAGAGACAUGUACUGGAUCCUGUCAAAAUUGGACAGGUUUGCUUGUGCCAGCAAACUUUGAAAGGGAUCUUUUGAAAAAUUUUAAUGGUGUUAUGCACUUAGCUAAGUAUAUGACCAGGUCUGCCAUGUUUUGAACUACUUUAUGCUUGUGUAAUGAAAUAUUGUUGCUUGCCUCAUGAUGACGUCACAUUUAUGAUUAAUCUCAAGGAUUCCAAUACAUACUGCUGGCUUUUAUAGGUGAUGAGAUCAACUUGAUUCAUGUCACUUUUUAAAGCAUUAGGCUUUGUUUUGAUCGGCUGGUAUUGAACAGCUGUGAUUGGUACAUUUCAAAGACGUGUUCCUUCAGAAGGUUGCUGGGGCACAGUUGUCCUACUGUUGUCGUGUUUUUCGAUCAUUGACAACCAUGCUUGUGGGAUUAUACUCUACUGUCCCUUUUCAUAGUAUUGAAGUGGUCAUCUUUUAUGGUGAAAGAAACUUGAGCUCAAUGACAUGACUGAGGACAGCAGAAUAGAAAUUCCACAAGCAUCAAUUACAACAAUCAAGGAAUACAACGAAAAGUGAGCUGUGCCGUAGUAAAGGUGCACAUCUUGUAAUGAACUAAUACAGUUGAGCUGAUAAAGAGAUGUGUAUCCAGUCAACCCUACUCCCUGAAGUUACUGACAAUAUCCAAUCAAAAAGUUGUGAUUAUUGUUUCAACUACAAAGAUAGUGAGUUUUAUCGAAAAUUUCAGUUCAUGCAAGUGCCCAGUCUACAAUAGUAGUUUUUCAAGGAAAUGAAGCAAAGGCAAAGUUUUAAAAGUACUCAAUAUUAUGAGGGGAUCCUAGCAUGUGGUGUGUAUUGUGCAGAGACAGGAUUUUCCUUAGUGAAAUAUAUAUUUUUCUCUUUCUGGCAUUUUUUUUUAUUUAACAGCUAGCACAAGUGGUAUAAGCUCAGAGAUAGUUUCAACAGAAAUGCCACCGAGGCGGAAAAGAAAGACCACCACAAAAGAAGAAACAAAGCUCAAGAAACAGAGAGAAGACUGUGUAACAAGGUAGGCAUAAUAUCAAUUUGCUUUUAAAACUCUUUAACUCCCGAUCAAAUUUGUUAUUCUCCCUAAUGUCAACUGUACAAUUCUUUUAAUGUUAGUUCAGAGAAUUUUGUAUUGGAUCAACUAAUUUUCCCCAAAUUGAUAUUUUUCUUUAUUCCCAUCACUUAUCUGGUUGAUAUUUUAUUGAUGUUGUAAGGAGAAAUUCUGUUUUGGUCACUCAUAGGAGUGAAGGGGUUAAAUAUAACUUGAGUGACUAUAGCUUAGAGUUUUUGUUUUUUAUCAUAUUCCUGUUUCCGAAUUUUCUUGUACAUGUACUACCUCCCACUGAUGCAGCAUACUAACAGUUUCUUUAGAAACCUGCCCCUGUCCAAAUUAAACCACAACAAAUAUUGUCUCUUAUUUAUCUCAAGUGGAGAGCUUCAGGCUAGCUGCUUGAUAAAAAUUGUUCUUGAAAGCUGCCCAGAUACACAUUUUCACAAAUCAAAAGCCAAGCAAGCUUUUUCUGUUACAUAAUUAGUUCUGAUUCUUAUUUUUUCACAGUGAUACUUUAGAUCUUUACCUGUGAACACUCAAUGGACCUAAUUAGACAAUAAGCUUAUUCUGAUAGUUUGAAACUAAUUUUCAGUUACCUGUCUGAUGCUAAUGAUGUUUAUGAAAAAUUUUUGUUUCUCCAGUAUCAAAUCUCAAAGUUUAACUGAAGACUUAGGAAAACCCUUUUCUUUGAGGCGAUGUAGAGCAUGGUUCGAACAUUAUGCAGGUAUUUUAAAGUACCCUUGAUUGUUGUGAAUUACCUUUUGGACACUGUGAUACCUCUUCGAUUUGAGAUGUUACUUUUUUUUCCAUAUUCGUAGGUGAAGAUGAACCAGACACAAUUGGACCUGAGGGAGUUGAAAAGCUUUGUAAGGACCUUGGUGUGAAACCAGAGGAUGUAAGAUUGCUCUGCUUCCUUCAGCAAUUGUCUAAAAUUGUGCAUUUUCUCCUUAAUGUAGUUGAACCUCUUGUAAGCAGUCAUCCAUAGGAAUCCAAAAAACAGUCGUAACUAGAGCAGGGCGCUCUUAUUAUAGGUGACCAAGCAAUGAAACAACAGACUGAGUCUGUUCACUUAUGAGAGCUUUUAUCUUCUUAGCAUAAAACUUGCAAAAUGUAAAUAUGCAAAAAUUUUGUUGUACUUUGAUAUUGAAAAUCACUAAUUGUAGCUAAUCCAUAAGGGUUUAAAAAAUUCCCAGAAUCAAUUUAAUUUGGCAGAGAAGUGUGCAAAUAAGACUGUUUGAGUGGUCACUGCUAAGAGCAGUCGCAAGAAAGCCUCAACUGAAUCAGAUAUUUAAAGAAAAUAUGUUUCCAUUGUACAACUCGGCACGAUGAAUAAAAUGAUAGGGAAUGAAAUAAAGAUGUCCAUUAUACAUGGAAACAAUUCAGGUUGAAGAACUUUUCACCCACACAGAUUAGUUCCCUUUAGCUUGUAAUCUGUGGAAACACCAUGGUAUUCAUGAUGACGCAACCACCUACUAUUUCUUUUUUAACUUUGACUUUAUGAGAUGUAAACAUAGUGGUGAGUUUUUUCUUACUUUUUUAUUUACAGACCGUAAUGCUUGUUAUAGCAUGGAAACUUCAGGCAGCAACAAUGGGAUUUUUUACUUUUCAUGAAUGGAGCAAAGGAAUGCUCUCAAUAGAGUAAGCAGUUCAAGUAUUUAAUUCUAUAAACCUUUAACUCCCACGAGUGACCAAGACAGAAUUUCUCCUUUAAAAAAAAUGGCGAGAACCAAGUAACAUCAGAAGAAUUGUAUUGCAGACAGUAAGGAGAAUUACUAAUGAGAUCUUGGAAGUUAAAGGGUCAAGAUUACCUAAUAGAGUAGUUUUGCCUGUCUUUAAAGUUCCUUAAACCUUUUAAUCAUUUAUCUCCCAGAGGGGAUCAACAUGUAACUUCUCCCUAUAAUAUCCAUACAUUAUCCAGCAAAAAGGUAAUGAGAGUACCUAAACUAAUCAAGUAAAAGUUGCAAUCUUGAUCUAACACCAGAUUCUCAUUACUAAUUCACAAGGAAAUGUCUAGCAGCCAGAGGGGAGAAUUAAAAACCAUAUCUUAGGAGUUAAAGGGUUAAAGCCACUAUUUUUAACAUUUUAACAAGAUUGGGAGAAAAAAUGACAAUUUUUGAAAACCUGAAUUACACCAUCAAAAUGUCUUUUGAACAGGGCUCACCUGUACUUAGCAUGAAAGGGAGGAAGUGGAUGUAACCCUUCAAUGAAUUAUAUAUUUACUUUUACCAGUUUACCUGGGGUAUAUAAUCUCUUUAGCAAAUAAAUGUGGAAGUGAAUUAGCUACAUGUAUUUUUGUUGUUGUUUUUUUGGACAGAUGUGAUUCUACAGCUAAACUUAAAGCUCAAUUAAAUGGCCUUAAGUCAUUAACAAGGGACAGUGCAACUUUUAAAAAGAUUUACCGCUAUGCAUUUGACUUUUGUAGGGUAAGUUUGAGAUUCUUCUUUUUGUCUGAUGUAGAUUACUUGCACUGCUGUUGAUCUACUUGUCAACAUUUUGCAAUAUUCAUAGGCAAGUACCUAUUGAGGAAAAGUGUUAAUAAAAAAAGCCACUGAAUUUGGACGUUGGCGGUUAAUGAAGUCAUCAGUUCCCUCAUGAGCACAUUAGAACCCCUUCAACUCUUAUGACUCACUUCAGCUCAAUUUCUCCUCACAGUAUUAUUCAUCAAUUAGGAUUUUUAGUUGAUCCAAUACCAAAUUAUCUGAACUAAUAUCAGUAAGGAUGUAACUAAGGAGAAAUCUCCAGCACUAAGUAUUUGGACACAGAAAACACCAGUUUUACUGUGAAACUUAAAGGUGAACACAUUAAUUUGUUUCUGACAGGACCAGUGGUGAAAAUUUAUUCAAAGUAGCUAUGUAAUUUCUUAAUUUCAGCUAUAACCAUGGAAAUAUGUUUUGUGUUUAGCAGAGAAUAUGAGGCAUUUCACUGCCUGUAUUUUUACUGGCUGUGAAAGAUCUCGCAUUUUUUGUUCAACAAUCAUCAGUUGGUUGGAAAUGAUUUGCUAUUUGAUCAGUAAUGAAAGAAAAACUUGACAAAUUGGUUUUUGUCUUGUUUUGGUUUUAAAUAUAUACCAGUAUAGGUGCUUGAUAUGAUUUAAAAAAUCAUUGGUGAGAGUGAAGGAAAAUGUCUGUGGCAUGUUGAGUAGUAAAUCUCAGGUACUUUGUUGCCUGUUUUUAUACAUGCUCUGAAAUAUCUGACAUUUAUUAUUCCAUGUGUGUGUAGAUAUCAGACAUCCACUUUUUUCUAUGCUAAAUUUAUACAGACUGUAAUUCAUCUGUUAAUAAGUAUUAUUUAGUGUGUGGAUGAUCAUCAAAUGGAGCAAGUAACAUGAUUCCUGGUACUCUAUGUGUCUUUUCCACAAGCUCUACAGUAUUAUAGGUAGUUAUUAUUGAAUCAAUUAUCAGGUAGAGCUGAGGAAAAUACUUGUAUAUGUUGUAGACAAAUGAUAUUCAAUACUUAACCAAUCAACAUGUACUGUUACUAUUGCAUUUGUUGUACCCUGGAUAUGAUGGAAAGAAAAAGAGCCAUAAUCCUCUUCUGUUACUUUCUCUUUCAAACAGAAUCAAGACCAGCGCACAUUAGACUUAGAUACUGCUGUUACAAUGAUUCAACUUUUGCUCCAUGAUUCAUGGUCGUUGCUAGAUGAUUUCUUACAAUUUUUGCAGGUAGGUAGGUUAUCAUGCAAUGUUGCUUUAUCAGCAGCCUAUUUAUAUCAUUAUUUCUUUUUGGAACCCACCCAUAAAUUUUUGGGCAAUUCAAUGGGCUACUUUAUGUCAUGUGGUGCAAAAUCAAAGGACAGUAAUCAUGCAAUAACCCUCAUCUAUGUGGAUAUUUGCCCCCAAUUAUUCCCGUUGGAAAGGAACAAAGCCAGAAGAAAAAAAGGCAGCCCAAGAGUUUCACUUUUUCAUCUUUAUUACUAUACAUGGAAGAAAAGUGAACUCAUUUUUUAAACUCAAGUGAGAGGGAUGUGAAAAAGCAAAUCUCAAACACUGCUUCGCAAAAUACAAAAAUGUCAACAAAAUUUGCUGUCAACAUGCAGUAUGAAAAUUAAUGGGAGGGCUAGAUAAAACCCCUUCUUGCUUUCUGGUAUGUAAGCUAGUAAUGUCUUUGGCAGAUAUACUCUCCUCAAAAUUUUACAUUUGUCCUUGAGGCCUUGUUUCUCAGCAAAAUAUUCAUUUCCAGACAGUAUCUUAGCCAUGGACACCAUCAGCUGACAUAGCAGUUGCCUGAGGGUUUUUUUUUUUUUUUUUUUUUUUUUUAAUUAACUUACUGCACCAUGCCUUUUGAGGAAAAACAAGAAUUGUGAAGUUAGAAAUAUUAAUCAGGAACACAAGAGAAAGUUGAGAUACAUUUUGUAUGGAUUUGUUAAGUCUUUGCCUUUAACUCCCAGAAGUGACCAACAUGUAACCUCUCCUUAUAUUUUCCAUAUAUUUUCCAGCAAAUGAGUAAUGAGAAUACUCAACUUAUCAGGUAGAAGUUGUUGUCUUGAGCAAACACCAAAUUCUCAUAACUAAUUUACAAGGAAAUGUGUAGCAGGUAGAGGGGAGAAUUAACAGUCAGAUCUUGAGAGUUAAAGUGUAAAAAUGGUACACAAUCAGGUUCUCAAGUUCUGUCCUUUUUUGGCAAAUUGUUUGUGUAAAGAACUCCAUGCCAGACAUGGAAGACACAUAACUAUCUAAACUCCUCAAUUUCUAAAUGAGUAUGCCUUUGUGCUUUUUUCUCCUUAAACUUCUCAAUAUUUUGAUCAAAUUGUUAGAACACUUUGGAAUUAAGUGAUUUGGCCAGUCAGUUUCAAACAACUUUAUGAAUUUUUUUAUUGAUUGAUGACAAAAUUCUCUUCAUGAAUGGAGGCUUAUGACUAAAACGUUCUGAUUUAUGGCAAGUGGCCCAAGCCUUGGACUUGUUGGCUGUUACAGUAAUAAGAAAAACCCCAAAUUUUUGCUUAAUUGAUCUGGUCAUGUGGCUGUCUGCUUACAGGACUGCUGUUACAUAUGAAUAAUUUUUGCAUUUAUUUAAGGAUAUUUCUUUCUUCCCUGCAGAAUUCAAAAUAUAAAGUUUUAAACAGAGACCAAUGGUGUAAUGUGUUGGAAUUUAGUCGAUCAAUACUUCCUGAUUUGUCAAAUUAUGAUGAAGAUGGUGCCUGUAAGUUUCACAUUUUUUGGAUUUUUGUUGUAGUUAAAGCAACAUAACUGCAAGGCAGUCACACUCUCAGGGUACAUGCGGGUCCUGGGAAACCUGGAGAGUCCUGGAAUUUUAUUUAAACAUUUUGCAGACCUGAGAAGUCCUGGUAAAAAAAGACUACCAGUCCUGGAAAGUGCCAAAAAUCUGCUUAACUCAAGCAAUGAAGUUUUCAGAAUUUACGUAAUAAGAAAUGUAUGUAGAUUAUAAGAUGAAUGAAAGGGUUUAAGGACAAAUUUGGAGUCCCGGAAAAAUCAAUCUGAGUCCUGGAAGAGUCCUUGAAAUUUGUUUAUCAAAAAGGUUACAAACCCUGUGCUCUGUGUUUUAGUCCUCUCUAGCCUGUAACCUCUUGUUAAGGCUGGUGCAAUGAGGAAAUUAAGAUGAAAAACAGAGGAGGGGUCCCCUGCCCCCACUGGCCACUUCACUUACAGCCAGUUCCUCCUCUGUCCUUCUAUCUCUGCUGACAACAAGUCUAGUUCUUGCCAGGUCAUUAACCUUUGUUUUUAAGCUUUACACUUUCUCCUCAUGAUGUCCUUUUCCAUACAGGGUGUAGAGUAAACUGUUAACAUGUGGCAUGAAAAUUUAUAGGGAAUGUUAUCUUGGAGAUUGAUGAUAAGUUGUUCAUGAGCUUUGCUGAAAAAAAAAAUGGUCUUCUAAUUAUUAUUAGAACCAAAAAAAAGACAAUCAAAUUUUAAAAUUCUUUACGACUGAUCAAUAACAAUUUCCUUUUUUUUUUUUUUUAGGGCCAGUUCUUAUGGAUGAAUUUGUGGAGUGGUAUCAUCACAAAUACCCUCCUCAAUCGUCUUCAGCCUGAAAUUGUCCAUUUUACAAGAAGCAAUUAAUACAACUGGAAAAAACACGGCAAUUUAUUUAAACUCACAAAAAGUGGAAUGCUGUUGGUUAAAGACAGAGUUUCAUAAAAGGGCCUGCUGCUGCAGUGCUUGGCAGAUAAUGACUUGAUGUGUCUGCUUGGCUCAUGAAAAGAAGGAGAAGGGAAAAGAUAAGAACACCAAGAAUAUUAAAACAAAGCGUUGAUCCAGUUUGUGUUUUCUACAAUAGCAAAGAAAACUGAAAAUGAAUAUAAUUUGAUAGGAAUCAUUAAAUCAAUUGGUUUGAUGGCAACUAUGGCUUGUUUGAGUUCACAUACCAACAUUUUGCAAUGCCAGCAAAUUGAAGGACUCCAUUGCUGCUAAAGUUCUAGAUACAAGAUAAAGUUUCGUUUACAAUGACAUGAAGCUCUGCCUUCAGAGCUUUAUAUUUCAGAGAGCACCUUUCAACUCUUGGAGUAUUUGCUUCCCAAUUAUUAAAUAUCAUUUAUUUUUCCAUUCAAUUUUUUGCAAUCAGUUGAGACAAUUUAACAUAAAAUCACAUCAAUAUUAGCAAGUUUCGCUUUGUAAUGCCUAUUUUUUAAACCUGACCACCUGAUGAGGAAGUAAGCAGUGGAAUGAGAGAUUUAUAUGAUUAGCAUGGGCAGUGAAUGACAAGACAAUUUUCAUUUUUGAAGACUAAAAGCCCUUGUCUAAGUGAGACUAACAAGUGUUAGUAACACUUAACUUAUUGGUUCUUAAUAUCAGGUCAGUUAAACGUUAAGUCAACAGAGAACAAUGGAGAUGCCUUACUGUUUAUUGGGAAGUCCCAAGUGCAC